GCCGCUUACCGUUUAAGCCGUACGUGGCAAUCGCACGGCGGCCGCAGUUCGCCACUUGGGCUUUUCCACUCCGGCUCCAAAUCAGCCGCACGGCAUUGAAGCCCAGCAGGGAAGACAGCGCACCGCGGAUACAAUUGAGUUCAACGGAGUUCUUUUUGUUUUCCUGAAGUCCAGCAACAAUGUUCACCGCGUCGGAGCUGGUUGUCCUGCUGGCCGUCCUAUCCGCUACGGCGUCCGGCUACUUCGUUAGCAUCGACGCCCAGGCCGACGAGUGCUUCUACGAGCGAGUCAACUCCGGCACCAAGAUGGGUCUCAUGUUCGAGGUAGCCGAGGGCGGCUUCUUGGAUAUCGACGUGGAGAUCACCGGGCCGGACGGCAAGCAGAUCUACAAGGGCGACCGGGAGUCGAGCGGCAAGUACUCGGUGGCGGCGCACAUGGACGGCACCUACAAGUUCUGCUUCAGCAACAAAAUGUCCACCAUGACGCCCAAGAUCGUCAUGUUCACCAUCGACAUCGGCGAGGCGCCCAAAAACCAGGACAUGGAGACGGAAGGUGGCGGCGUCACUUGGGAUGCGCACCAAAACAAGCUGGAGGAGAUGAUCAACGAGCUGGCCGUGGCCAUGACGGCCGUCAAGCACGAGCAGGAGUACAUGGAGGUCCGCGAGAGGAUACACAGAGCCAUCAACGACAACACAAACAGCCGAGUGGUGCUGUGGUCCUUCUUCGAGGCUCUCGUCCUGGUGGCCAUGACGCUGGGACAGAUUUACUACCUGAAGAGAUUUUUCGAAGUGCGGCGGGUGGUGUAGUGGCGUGGCGUGGCGUGGCGGCACAACGUGGAGCGAACCCUCGUCCUCCUUGAGACAAUUGUUUGCAACGCAGACUGGUAGUUUUCACCACUUCUGAUUUCUCAAUUAGGUUGUAAAAAAAAUGGCCGCAGGAUUCUGUCAGGUUUUUUUUCCUAAAUAUUCUUUUUUUUUUUUUUUUUUUUAAAUCCGGUUGUCUUCAACCCCCCCUCCCCCCAUGUGGUUUCAUUAGUUUGCCAGUACUGUUUUGUGACAUCAUCUGCGCAUUUUAAAUCAAGACAGAAGGCGCUGGAAAUAUCAAAGGCGAGUUUUGUUAUUUUUGGGGUUGUUGUGUGGUGCUUUGAUCUGAAUGGCGCUUGCGUUUCCGAGGUUAUAAAAAGUCAAACGGGCCAUUUGAAUUGGCAGCAUUUCUAGCAAAUAGUUUAAUCUGAGGGGAAAAAGACACGUUGGUGGUGGGGUGGGGUGGGGGUGCGGAUCUACUGACUGCUGUGUUCUUUCUGUGGCUGCUUACUAUGUCGGGGGAUUUUAAAUGAAUGCGAUUGUACAACAGUUGGGACUUAUUUUGUCAUUGUUUUGGAGCACUUUCCCUAAGACGCAGCGGUCGGAUGUCAUUUUUGUUGCGCCCGAUUCGACAUCCUUUUUUAUGUGUUGUUAUUUCGGCUCCUUUUCGAAACGUCCAAAGCCGCCGUGGCUCUCUUGACUUUGGCGGCUGCGUCCUGUGCGUUGCAUCUCAACUGGAAGUGCUCCUAAGCUUUUGUAUUUGUAAAAAAAACACCCAACCAACCAACCAACCAACCCUUGGUGUUUGCUCAGGCAGGAAAACUCCUCUGCACUCAGUCUCCCAUUUUCAGACUCCGACCCUGAUGCAUCCUUCUGUACAAAUGUAGAAUGGUUGUUGAAAACAAGCCCCAGGUUUCAUAAUAAAGAAAUUCUAAACCA